UUUCAUAUUAUGUAUGUUUUAUAUACAUACAUAAAUAUAUUUUUUAAGCGAACAUGGCAUCUGAAGUGGAUUGUAAAUGCAUAAAGAUAAUUGGUCACUUGGAAGCGGUGAAAUGGCCUUCUAUCCCGAGAAAGUAUCGACCAAGCCCAGGUUUCCUUUCCUUGGCAGAUUGGACUCAGAACCAACACAUAUGGCUGUAUUACGUGGAGAGCUCAGACGGAUUGAUCAUAGAAGAUGAUGUACUUAAAUCUACUCACACUAAGUACUGGUCAAUUCACGAUGUUCAGCGUUAUUUUCUUGGAGAUCACCACUGCGAGCAAGUUCUCUUCACGUACCAGUAUCCAAAUUUAAAGAUGCCAACCACUCUAGGAUGUUAUUUGUGGAAAGCUAAUGCAGCACUAAAGCUGCCGCCUGCACUUUACUUGAAGGAGCUUCAUAUGUCCUUGGAAACAACGUUAAAGAAAAUGGAAGCGGAUGAAGUCCAAAUUGAUCGGCUUAUCUUAUCAGAUCAGUUAAUUAAAAUAGAUCGUCUCGACGAUUUCAAACGAAAAACGUUCUUAAGACUCCUUCAGAAAAUAAUCGGCAUCCAGGAAAGAUUACAAUUGGUGUCACUGGAGAACUUGUGCUGUAAAAGAUUAGAAGGAGUUCGUCUCAUUCAACAACUUGCUUGUUUCGUGGCUCACUCCCUAAAGUACCUAUUCCUCUGGCGUUUCGUUCUGCCCAACGAGAACCCUAUCCUCGUUAAUUAUAGCUAUAUCACUGGUAGCGGGAAACAUAUUGCUAGACCAGAUACUAAGCGAUGCUUUCUUCGAAGUUUGGCAGAAUUAAAAAACCUUCGCGUACUCGCUCUAGAAUAUGCCCAUAUUGCUGAUGGAUCUGGAAACGCGCUGCUUUCGUUGUUGCCUAUACUGCGUCGACCUCACUUUCGUUUACAGCUUAUUUGUCGUGAAGAUCAAAUUCCCGGUCGUGUAGACGCAGCGCUCGGCGUAGGUGGUUACGAAAUUCCCGAUACUGCAUGGCGUCGAGUCGCUAUCAUCUGUCCGGACAUCUAUCUGUUUGUGGCCUUGUUUCGUAUUCGUGACUACGAUAAUGUCCAACGAUUUCUAACGCCAAGUAUGCCGCUACGUGAAGUCCACCUGCAGCUCGGCAUAGACUUGAACACCACACAGCGACAGGAUUCUGAUAUGAGUUGUUUUAUGCGAAUGCUCGCUUAUCGUUAUGCUAGUAUCCUGGUAACACUUAGUAUUCAUCAAUGGCGUUCGACGGAGUUGCCAUUGCGCCGAGUGAUAGAAAUAAUGCCCCAUUUGUCAAGGCUCAUGUACACGGGUCGUAUUUGCGCAUCUGACCUGCACGACGCAUUCACGAUCGUGGCUUGUGGAGUAUGCGACAAAUUGAAAGAACUCAAAAUCCAAAUCCAAGAUGAUGAAAAUAAGGAAACUUACUGGCAAGAGAUUGCGACGAGAUACACUGAGGAAUUUAAAGAUAUAAUGCAACUUUAUCACGUAGAUUUUUCACUUAAUGUGUACAAAAUUUAA